AUGGUCAAACCCACCACGACCUAAACAGCUCCAGGAGGGAGAGGAGGGAGGAGAGCCGCCGCCGCCGCCGCCGCCGCAGCAGCAGCAGCAGCAGCAGCAGCGUCGCUUUCAGCCUGCAUGGGCUAGUCUGUUAGCUAGCUAGCUUUAGCAUCGUCCUCUCCUGCCGCCGAGAACCGCGGGUCGUUACCUCCGUGUUUUCCUCUCCGUCCCCCCCCCACCCCCACCACCCCACUCCCCGUCCCCACCCCACCCCCCCCCGGACCCCACCACACCAGCACACCACCGCCGGGUCCUGCCUAACCUCCCGCCCGGCUCCAAGAUGAUGAAGUUCAGGUUUCGACGGCAGGGCACCGACCCGCAGAGAGAGAAGAUAAAACAGGAGCUUUUCGCCUUCAACAAGACUGUGGAGCAUGGGUUUCCACAUCAGCCCAGUGCUUUGGCCUUCGACCCCAAGCUGCAGCUAAUGGCCAUCGGCACAAAAUCGGGAGCCAUCAAAGUUUAUGGGGCCCCAGGUGUGGAGUUCACAGGACUACACAAAGACACCACUGCAGUGACACAGAUCCACUUCCUGCCUGGACAGGGCCGCCUGCUGUCACUGCUGGAUGACAACACGAUUUACCUGUGGGAGCUGGUGGCGGGUGCCCCCAGGGAGGUGGGAGGAGUUAAGAAAGAGGGCGUGGUCUCCCUCCAGGAAGUGGGCAACUACAGCCUCCCAGGAAGACCUGGCAUCGAGAGCUGCAGUGCCACUCGGGUGACCGUCCUCCUCUUGCUGCGGUCAUGUGACCUGCUCUGCAUCGGAACGGAGGGAGGGGGCGUGUACUUCCUGCAGUUGCCCUGCCUCUCACUGAAAGACAACCAGACGCUGCUCCAGGAUCAGGUCAUGCAGAGCCUGCCAGAUGACUACAGAUGUGGGAAGUCCUUGGGGCCGGUGGAGUCGCUUCAGGAACAUCCUCAGCAGUCAGGGAAGAUUCUGAUUGGCUACAGCCGAGGCCUGGUGGUCCUAUGGGAUCUGAGCGCUCGUCACGCUGACCAGCUCUUCCUGGGCAAACAGCAGCUGGAGAGUCUGGUGUGGGAACGCUCUGGAAACUUGUUUGUCAGUUCCCAUAACGAUGGGGGCUACUCUGUUUGGCCUGUUACCAAUGGCAACACCUACAAUCACCAGCCAGUGUCAUCCACCAUCCCAUAUGGUCCAUUUCCCUGCAAGGCCAUCAGCAAGAUCCUGUACCGGACGGCAGAGACGGGUUCUCCGGUGCUGUUGUACAGCGGCGGGAUGCCCAGAGCCAGCUACGGCGACCGCCACUGUCUGACCGUGCAGCAGGACAAAGACCACGUCACUCUCGACUUCACAUCGCGAGUCAUUGACUUCUUCACGGUCCACAGCACGGAGCAGGAGAAAGAGUUUGACGACCCGUCGGCGUUGGUAGUGUUACUGGAGGAGGAGCUGGUUGUAAUCGACCUCCAGACCCCCGGGUGGCCGUCUCUGCCGACGCCCUACCUGGCUCCCCUCCACUCCUCCGCCAUCACCUGCUCCUGCCACAUCUCCAGCGUCCCGCCGAAACUGUGGGAGAGGCUGGUGAACGCCGGCAAAGCACAGCAGGGCCUGCAGCACACGCACAGGAGCUGGCCCAUAUGUGGAGGGAAAAACCUGGCACCUCCACCCAAACAACAAGAGCUGCUGUUGACAGGACACGAGGACGGCACCGUUCGCUUCUGGGAUGCGUCGGGUGUUGCCCUCACGCCGCUGUACAAACUCAGCACAGCCAAUGUCUUCCACACCGACUGCGACCCCGGCGACGACCCUCAGGACCCCGGCGACGACCCCGACAUGCAGCAGGAGGAGGAGUGGCCUCCCUUCAGGAAGGUGGGCUGCUUCGACCCGUACAGCGAUGACCCCAGGCUGGGCAUCCAGAAGAUCAGCCUGUGCAAAUACAGCAACAAGCUGGUGGUGGCAGGAACUGCUGGACAGGUGAUAGUGUUGGGUUUGAGCGACGAGCGCUCGGACCACGUGGUGGACGUGUCGGUGGUUGACCUGCUGCAGGACAGGGAGGGCUUCACCUGGAAGGGCCACGACAGACUGGAGCCGCGCCUUAAACCCGCCCCCUUCCCCCCGGGCUUCCAGCCGCUGGUGCUGGUGCAGUGCCUGCCCCCGGCCUCCGUCACCGCCGUCGCGCUGCACGCAGAGUGGAACCUGAUCGCCUUUGGGACGAGUCAUGGGUUCGGCCUGUUUGAUUACCACAGACGAAACGCUGUGCUGGCCAGGUGUACCCUGCACCCUAACGACUCGUUGGCGAUGGAGGGGCCCCUGUCCAGAGUCAAGUCCCUGAAAAAGUCCCUACGGCAGAGCUUCAGGCGCAUCCGCAAGAGCAGGGUGUCGGGGAAGAAACGCACCAUCACCAGCCCCGCCAGCAAGGUCCAAGAGGCCAACGCCGCUUUGGCAGAGCAGGAGGAAAUGGCGCCCGUACAGCGAAGGAUUGAACCCCGGUCAGCGGACGACUCGCUGUCUGGAGUGGUCCGAUGUCUUUGCUUCGCUGACACCUUCCUGCGUGACGGUACACACCAUGGCCCCACACUAUGGGCGGGCACCAACUCGGGCAGCGUGUACGCCUACGCUCUGGAGGUUCCCGGCGUGGGCUCGGGCCGCGUGUGUGAGCGGGGCGGGGCGAGCGAGAGCAGCGUGUGCGUGGAGGCGGUGUUGGGCAAAGAGAUUCAGCUGAUGCACAGGGCUCCUGUGGUGUCGAUCUGCGUGUUGGACGGCCGGGGGAAACCGUUGCCGGACCCGUACGAAGCCUCGCAGGACCUCGCCAUCGCACCGGAUAUGACCAACGCUCACUCUGUCCUCAUCGCGUCAGAGGAACAGCUCAAGGUGUUCUCUCUCCCCAAGGUGAGCGCCAAGACCAAGUUCAAGCUGACGGCGCAUGAAGGCUGCCGGGUGAGGAAGGUGGCGCUGGUGGUGUUCAGCUCCACGGCUCAGGAAGACUACAGUGAACACACACUGGUGUGUCUGACCAACCUGGGAGACAUGCACCUCUUUAACAUCCCGGGCCUCCGACCACAGGUGCGCUACGACUGCAUCCGCAAAGAAGACAUUAGCGGCAUUGCAUCCUGCGUUUUCACCAAGAACGGACAAGGCUUUUACCUGAUCUCCCCCUCAGAGUACGAGAGGUUCUCACUGUCUGCGAAGGUCCUGACUGAGCCGCUCUUCUCUGUGCAGUUGGACCGGCCACUAGAGCCCACACCUGCCAGCGACGGUACGACAACGCAGCCGCAGGCCAACGGAACCCACAAGAACCAGAUGGGUCAGGCUGAGGGUCAAACAGAGGGGCCCCCCAGCUCCCUGUCCUCCCCCGUCCUGGACACCCCACUGGACUCCCCCCUCAGCUGCGCUGACCUCACCCUCGACUCCACAGGAGAAAUCACGGUGGAGGACGUCAGGGACUUCCUAACCACUGUGGACGAAGCAGAGAAUAACCUGAAGAACAUUAAAGAGGAGGAAGGACGCUCGACCGGCAUCCUCAUCAACUGAACAGUAUUACAGGGAGGGGCUCGAGCGGUCUGGAUGGACUUGGAUUUCAGUGCUGCACCACAAACAUCUCCCAUCAGCCCUCACUGCGGAGCCAGUACUCUGCACCCUCCUGGCUCAGACCGGGAGGAAAGCCUCACUAUGGACAAAGAACACAUUGAAGACUCUUGUUGUGGCUUCUUCUACUGGAAGAACUGAAUCUUCUUCUCCUGUAACCACUUUGGAAAACACACAAAGUCCAACUGAGGGCGACCCCGGUUCUGGACGGACUCGGAGCUCACGAUUCCGGUUUCAAGAACGUCAUCCAUCUUGACGCUCGGUGUGAUCUAGUCAGCCCCCACCCCCACCCCCCCCCCCCCCACCCCGGGGCGGCUCGAUGGUUCCCGGGUGUUUCCCCCCCGCCCAGUGGAGGUGGUCAGGCUUAAUGACUGCGGCUCAGCCUUCGAGGAAACGGCUGUUACACUCUGCACAGGAAACUCAACGGUGACGUUUCUAUGUUUUUAUUUUUCUACCCACAGUUUUGUGGUGUGCCUGUGUCGGCCCGAGUCCCCACCCCCCACCCCCCACCCCCCACCCACACAACUGGAAUCGGUGCUCCGCUGCCAAACGCGCCUGUCGAUUCCUUGUGCACACUCGAUGUGAUGAAUUGUUCUGCACGCUGCUUUAACGGCACCACAGCCCUGCGACCGACCCCGAGUGUGAACUGACGACAUCCAGCUGAGACUGAGGGAGGAAGCGCUGUGGAGUUUGAAGAGAUCAAAACUAGCAAAUGAAGUAUUUUGAAUAUUUGAGUAUUAAAAGUUGUAGCAUCCCCCCCCCCCCCCCCCCGAGGUGCAGUUGAUUUGCCUUACCCUGUGUCGUGUGCAGGUGGAGGAGGUGUGUAAAUGAACUAUUUUCAAACCAGAGUUGUUCCACAGAAGCACAUUUUCUCUGUCUACUGGUACUGAAGGAAAAGAACCGAGAUCCUGGAGGUGUUUUGUAUCGCAGAGAUUGACGCUCUGUUAAAUACGUUUCGUGUGGCUUUUGGAGAAAGUGAAGAUAUUUUAAUGACAAAUAAGAGUGGGUGGAAGCAGGAGGAAAGAACUGACGGUGAUUUCAAAGGGAACCAGCUGGUGAAGAGGGAAGCGAAGGUGGUGCUACGAAUUUAGGACUAGAGCAUAUUUUGGUGAAAUAAUAUUUUUGACACUUUUUGAAAAGCCUUUUAUUGCUAAAUUCACGAUCUGAGUUGUUAAUACAUUCUUAAUUUCUCUCAACCUCAAUCCAAAUUUGUUAAAUCCUGGUUUUCAUCAGGCCGAACUGGUCGAGCGUCACGUGAGGAAGAAGUGGGCCGUUUAUGGUACGACAUCGCUGCGGUAAAUUUUUUUAACCAGCCUCACAUUCUGCUCUUCCACCUUUCACCUGUGUGACGGCAGCACUGUUUAACAAUGAGCACAGUGUUGUUGUGUGACCCCUCAGAUCGACGGCCUGCGGUCAGUUUUCAGAAUAAUGUUUCGGUUUUUAUCCUCAUUUUCUGCUCGUGUUUGGUAAAACCAGCAUCGAUGAGAGGAAGGGAAGGAGAUGAAGGUAAAGAAUGUGGUAAAAUUGAAUCUUCCCUCCGCCGUCGACGGUUCAUCAUCUCACACAGAAAUCUUCUGGACGGGACUCAGGGACGUGUGGCGAGGGAAGCGAAGUCAGUCUGAACGCUAAGUGUAAUGUAUCGUGAUGCACCCAGGAGAUUUCUGUUUUGGGUUUCUGUGAAUUGGUGCAUUCUGGGUAAUACUGGCUAGAUGCAGAGCUUUGAUCACCAGAACUUUUAACCCCCUUGUGUUUUUUUUUUUUUUAAAGUUUCACUGUGUAAAAAAACAAAACAAAAAUGUAUACAGUAUCUAUAUGUAGGUCCUGAGAAGACAGGUUUAUCACGAUGAGCCGAUGAUAGAGUGAAAAGCGCUCGGUGUUACAGCUGCUCCGUCAGUGAAAGAAAAUCAGAUAAAAAAAGGGACCUCACUACUAACUAAUGUAGCUCAGCAGGUAGGACUCAUGUUGUUUUACUCAUGCGUUAGCUUCUACUUGGUUAUUCGGCUGACACAUGAAUAAUUAACCCUUUCAUGCUACAGCUGGCACGGUUCACCUUUUUAACUCCACAAUUAAGAUGAAUUUGUUUCUACUUUGUGAUUUAAGUUUCGUGUGUAGGAUUUUAAUCGGGUCAUUUGGCAUUUUUGGCUGAUGAAGAAUUGUGAAUGUUAAUAAAAUUAUUUACUCUCUCCACGGGA